UGUGUGCUAAAGUCAAUUUAAGCGGCAUCUUAAUAACGGAUUAUAAAUAUAUUUACAAUUCACAUAUUCUUAAGAAAAAGAACAGCUACUUAUGGUGAUCUAACAUCUGAAUUUAUCUGAUCUAACAUCAUCUAGGGUUCUUCUAGAUUUUGGCUAUGAGACAUGUUAUUUUUAAUAGAUUAUUGUUUAAUAUGCUGUCAUUUUGGCAGUACUGACAGUUACUACAAGAAGUAAACACACACAUUUUUCUGACAGUAUUAACGGUGAAAUAAGCAAACAACGUGGCUUUUAUGAAUUUCUCAUGAAUAAUUCAUCACAGUGAUGUUAAUUCCUUUACGAUAUAAUUCAAAUUAAAAUAUCAUUUGAGUUAUACUAAAAAUGAUAUUGUCAUUAAAAAGAUGUAUUAACAUAUAAAAUUAAUUUUCAUGUUCUCAUUCGAUUACUGCAUAUGAGGCAAACUGAAUAUGCACAAUCUUCUCAUUCGAUGGUUGAAUGAUAAUUUUUGAAAUUAUAAUUAUCCUAAUCCUAAAUAUUUCUUUAUUAAACAAUAAUGCGCCAUAUAACCGAAUAUCGCAGAUCGAUUGACGAAUAUAAGCCUGUUACACCUAUAAAGAGAAAAAUGAAACUAUAUUGGGCAUUAGCUGCAUUUAGAAUACUUUUGACUUUAGUUCCACAAACUGGAUAUAUACAUCCCGAUGAAUACUUUCAAGCUAUAGAAGUUAUAUCAGGAGAUCGUUUCGAUAUAGACAUAUACAAACCAUGGGAAUAUAAUACAACAUUUCCUAUUCGAACGAUUUUCAUACCGCAGAUACUAGUAGGCACUUCUUAUUCGUUUUUAAAAUUUCUUUCACCCUAUGGAUUUAAUCUCUUUGGUACAUCCUUAAUAUCACCGUAUUAUCUUAUCGUAUUUCCAAGACUUUUUAUGUGUAUUUUAUCUUUUGUAUCUGACUACUGUCUCUACAAAAUAUGUUGUAUGUGCGGACAAAACUAUAAAGUGAGAUUGAUUACAUUUGCAAGUUCUUAUGUUAUGUUAACUUAUGCUACACGAGUUUUUUCAAACUCCAUCGAAUUAAUAUUGACUUCCUUACUGUUGUUCUAUACCUCACAAUGCAUGGUAUAUUCGGAAAAGGUCAUUAUACAGAGCGAUUAUCUUUCUAACAAAUACGACCAAGCUAAAAAUGGUGUGGAACGUGUUAAAUACUAUAAACUUUUAGGAUCAUUACCUUCCCAUUCUUUAAAUCAUUGCCUUAAGAUAGCUACCAUUACUGUUAUCGGUAUAUUUAAUAGACCAACGUUCGUUGCAUUUGCAUUUCCUCCUAUUUUUUUCUGGCUGCAAAGAGGUCUUGGUUCGAGAAGUAUCGGUUUACUUCAUUUUCAUAUUAGAAUAUUUACUUUUAUCAUUUGCGGAAUACCUACCGCUAUUUUCUUUAUCCUAGUCGAUAGUUUUUACUUUGGUUAUUUAACGAUGGGAGAAAUAGGAAAUUUUGAUAUUAGUUUGAACAAUUUUGUGGUAACGCCGCUAAAUUUCUUAAAAUAUAAUUCCAAUCCUAAAAAUUUAGAAAAUCAUGGUUUACAUCCACGAUUUUUACAUUUCUUAUUAAAUAUACCUCUGUUAUACAAUGUACUUGGAAUUAUUGGAUUGAUUACAUUUGCAAGGAUGUCAUUCAGCGGUUUGAAAGGAAAAUGGCUGGAAUUACCACGGAUACAAAGUAUAGUUAGUUUAAUGACAAUAUCAUUUAUUGUUCCUGUAGCAUUAUUAUCUUGCUUUCCUCAUCAAGAACCUCGUUUUAUAAUACCUGUGAUAUUACCAUUAGUUUUCUUAUAUGCUCCAAAAUUAAGCCACGUGCCUGGAGUUGAUACUGUCUCGCAUAUUAAACAAAAUAAUCCAACUAAAUAUAAGCCAGAUAAUAAAACACACAAGCUUACAAAGCUGCAAAUUAUUUGGUAUUGCAGUAACAUUGUGUUAUGCUUAUUUUAUGGUUUUCUUCAUCAAGGUGGAGUUUUAUCUUUAACGUCGCAUAUAAAUACCGAAUUGAAAGCUAAACCUCACCUUACUAACGUUCAUUUAUAUACAUCAUACAUAUAUCCCAUACCAACGGCAUUAUUACAUUUAAGAAAUACACAUAAGACAUAUAUUAGCACCGGAAAUCAUAAGUACCGCUUGACCAAAGAUUUUUAUCUUUACGAACAAGGUUCGAAGAAUCUAACCGAAGUUUAUAAUAGUAUAACGAAAAAAUUGCAAGAAUGUGAAGAAAAAUUUAGAUUUAAAAGAAUACCUUAUAGAUUAUAUUACACGUUGCCUUAUAGCGCUAUAGAAGAAUUCGCUGAAUAUUCUCAAAACAAUUCUUUGUUAUUUAACUAUUAUACCGUAUGGUCAUUUUAUCCGCAUAUUUCGACCGAAAAAUUACCAUCCUUAAAAACGAUUAACGAACAUUUCAAUUUACAGAAUAUCAGUAUCUUUAGACCAAAAUCGUUGAUGCAACUUAUAAACGAUAUAUCCAUCUUUUUCCAACAGUUUAAAUUAGCUUUGAUUAAGAUUGAAAAUUCAACACAACUUGCAAAGAAGACGAAAAAUUCGGUGCUAACGUAAAAAUAUAAUUAAUCAAUUAUUUCAUAUUUUAUCGCGAUCACGAAAAUUUAUUGAACAAAUAUAAAAAUAUCUACAAUUUUAAAUAA